AUGGACGCAACUACCGUACGACGUAUUAUGGCCCAUCAAGUUUUCUCAUUCACCGAUGAUCUAUUCAAAUGUUCCAGACCGGAGGACAAGAUCUAUGGUCUACUAUCUCUUAUCAAGUGGCGCGAUAAUUUCCCACCUGUUUGCCCGGCCUAUCACGACUCUGCUUCUUUUGAUCUAGCAAAAGCGCUUAUUUGCCAGACUGACUGGAUGAAGCCUUGCGAAAUCCAACGUAUCCUCAAAGCGUUAGAAAUAUGCUACAGUCAUAGUUGGAUGAGAGAUCUCGUCGCCAUAAGAUCUAGCGGUGCAGUCCCCGCAAAAGACAUUGAUGACAGAGAUCCGAUUCAUCGUUUCAGUGGAGCGAAUCACCUGGUCAUGUUUGUUAACCACAAUGAUUCCAACCAAUUGACGACAAGCCUGGUGUAUUCGGACGAUAAAAGCUCGCCUUUGACAAACGUGGAUAAGAAGGCAGCGAGCCUCCGGAAGCUUCCAAGCAAAGAUGCUAAAAUACAACUGCUAUUCACAGACUCCAAAGUCAGCGCCUUGGUAUGCGGCGCCGCUAAGUCUGGUGACUUGAUAAUCAAGACAGGAUAUGGACGCGGUCUUCUUGUGCUACGAUACACCGACAGUCAAGAGGAGUGUAUCAUCGUGGGACAAGGCUUACGUUGCACGGGAUACGACUUUCCUCGACGUUUACCCGAACGGUUGGACAUACUUGAAAAGAGUCUAGAGAGAUUCCAAAUGGUUGCGUUCCAUUCUAAAGAGUCCUCGCCUUUUGCACGAUCAUGGAAUGAUCGGCUUUCGGCCUUCGGGGGAACGUCAGGAAUGUCAGAAAGGGAGCGCUGUGAGAAGGAGUUGGGAUAUCUAGUAGAAGAAGCACAUUUAUUCUCAGAAGUUGGCUACAUGACAAACAUACAGCUGAAAACUAAACCUGUCGACAUGGUAGUCCUGGCAGGACAGGAUAUAGAGAAGGAUGGAUCACACAAUUAA